GCGAUAAGGCGAUAUUGGUGUCGACGGUAAAGAAGAUCAAUCGAAGGGUUCUCGUCGGUGAAAGAGGAUACUCGAAGGGUUCUCGACGGUAUCGAAGGUUAAGGAAACAUGGGACGAUAUAGCUACAGCCAGCCUUCAUCAUCAGAGGAGUAUGAUAUAGAUAUAACAUCGCUUCUUCAAGCCGAAGCCGACCUCUACGGGGAGGAAGUUGAGAGUAGCCACCAUAUAGUAGAGCCGGUUCAGUACCCUCCUCAACCUGAGUGUGAUGAUGGAAUCCCGAAGACCUGCUACUGUGGUGGGGAGCCUGUUGUUGCAGCAGCUCACACAAGCAAAGAUAUAGGGAGAAGGUACUUCACUUGGGAGAAUGCGGAUGACGGAGAGUGCCAUAUUUGGAAAUGGUGGGAUGUGGCCGUCACGGAGGAGUUGCGUGACUAUCAGAGACAACUGAGGGAGGUUAAGGAUCAAGCUAAUGACAUUGAUGAGAAGCUUGUUAAGUUAGAGAAGAGUGUGGGGGAGUUAGCUAAGAAGAAAUUUGGGAUUGCAAAUGGCUAUCCAUUGGUUGUUAGUGUGUUGGUUAGUGUAUUAUUUAUAAUAUGUAUGGUGGUCAUGAUGAAGUGGGCUGAGGAGAAAGACAACGUCCUAACAUCGAGCCUGGUAAGCUUCGUUCCUUCUGUUUCUGAAUUAUUAUUCAUAUUUUUGUAUAAACUUGUGACUCUGUUAUCUCAUGUGUCUUCAGGAGGAGCUUCAGAGGAUGAUAAACCGAAUGUUUGA